AUGCUUUGGCUCUUCUCUCAAUCAUCCCGACCACAUUUUCAAUCGAUUCAUUUUUUCGACUGCUCAUUGACCAGUGACAGAGGGCAGAGGAGUUGGCCGGCGACCCUUCCUUCUCCUCAGCCUUUGUCUGCAUCGACCUUUUUGAAGUGUUCUCCAACAGAACAACCCCAUCUCUUCCGAUCUAAAUCCGAUCCGAUCUCAUCCAUCACCACCCUUACCUCCGAUCUCUUUUAUGUGUGUACCUCGUCGUUGAUGAUCUCAGUCCCAACGACAUCGCUUAGCUUUCAUCGGAGGUCCUAUCUGUCACCACAGAUCCGUCGUACCAUCACCGUCCUCUGUUCAACGGAAGCCUUGCUACGGUUUCUCUUAAUGGGCCACUCAUGUUUGAGCCCAUUAACCAAUUCUAGGCCUAUCCCCAAAAGCAAUGACCCAUCUCCUUUAAUGACUUGGCCCGGCCCCUCCAAAGCGUUUCCGCAAAAUCAUAGGUGUCUUAUUCAUGUUGCUAAAUGUUUGAAGAUGAUCGACAUUAUGAUCCCGUCUCUAAGGAGCGAUGAUUACCGAAGCUUCUUUAAGUGUUCAUCUCCGAUUCAUUUGCUUAUUGACUUCAUCCUUGAGAUAAUUAGCUACACCUUGGGCACUACUCUUGAAAGUAAAAGUUUGAUGAAGAAUGGCAUUAUGAUCCCGUCUCCAAGGAACGGUGGUUACCAAAUCUUCUCUAAUCAUUUUUACCCGUUAAUCCUAAACCUAGAGCCCCAAACCAAACCCGAAAAAACCUUUACCUCCCAUGAGUCUCCACCAUUGGUCCUUACGUCCUUAUUGCGCUUCGUGCCGGCAAGCCAUGUGGCAAAGGACACAUUUUCAAAGUCAAAAGAUCAAGUUUUCUUGAUCGUGACUACACCAAAGCUCCCUGACUUGGUCGCGAAAGUGUCUAUGAUACAUCAUGAGGUCAUAUGUGGCUUGUUGUUUGAUUGCUUCUGUCUCUGUUCCUCUAUGGAUUAUAAAAGCUAUCGACCUUUUCUUGUUGUUAAUUCUAGUUCUCUGAAGUUGUUGUAA